AUAGGCAGCAGGAAGUGUGUAUUGCCACUGACAAGCUAUAGCAAAAGUAUGUGUCCCAAUCUGUUAUUACGGCGAAUUUCAAAGGAAAGAAAAUGGUCAAUGGGAAUGAAAAUGGACGAAUGAAGGAGAAGGGGUUGCUGCUAUUUCGAUAACAAAAAAUACAUCAUUUACGAAAAUGUACAAUGAAAUACAAAACAUGCUUAACUUCGAUUCCUCUCAGUAUGAUAUGGAAUUGGGAUUUUUAUUUCAAAAGCAUUCAAUAAUUUCGAUUCCACCUUUGAAUGUUACUUCUGAAGUGCAAAUAAAGCAUUUAAUUCAAUUGAACCAAGGUCGAAAGACAACUCCUAUUUGCGUAACUUUGUUGAAGAAAAAUGUCCCCGAUGGUGAACACGAAAUUUUUUAUGGAGAGGAUCGUAACGAGAAUGAUUUUUGGGAUACUGUUGAGAUUGCUCAUGAUGAUGAUAUGGUUAUUCCUGGGACAGUUGCUACUCGUCAUGAUGUCACCGUUACACAAAAGAUUUACGAAAAAGUUCAAGACAACGAGAAUGAAAGGCCAUUCCUUUAUCCAGACAGAGACAUAAGUCUGGUGGGAGUUCACAUGCUGGGCCGAGUACACGGUCUUCUAAUUGUUUUGUAGUUCCUGAUGAUGAAGAUUUACAUGUCAAUCAAUUAUUUGACACGAAUAGAGAUUUGCAAGAAGCUGUGCACCGAAUUGCAAUGAAACAUAAUUUUAAGUUUAAGGUAAAAAAAAUCAAACAAGUCUACAUACACAAUUAUUUGUGUGGACAACAAUUGCAGUUGGCGUUUGAAAGCGACAAAAAUGGAUACAAAUGAGUUCUUUGUAGUUCGCAAGUAUGUGCGGGAACAUACUUGUGAAGUGGGUAUUCAUCAAAAUGAUCACAGGUAAGCUCAAUCAUGGUUUAUUGGUCGACAAAUAAUGCACAAAUUUCAUGACUCACAGACGAUUUACAGACCUACAGAUAUCAUCAACGACAUCCAUCGGGAGUAUGGGGUAGUUAUGAGUUACCAGAAGGCCUAGAAGGUAAAAAAAUGUGCAUUGGAAGAUUUAAUAGGUUCGAUAGAGGAGGGUUAUGCCCAAAUUGGUUAGGUAUUGCCACAACAUGGUAAGAACUAAUUCUGACUCGGCGUUUUUUAUUGAAACCGAUGGGCAGAAUCGUUUCAAGUAUUUUUUUAUGGCUCUUGGACAAUGCAUUAGAGAUUUUCGAAAUGCGAUGCGACCUCUAAUUCUAGUUGAUGGUACAGCCUUGAAUGCUAGAUAUGAAGGGAAGUUGAUUAUUGCUACAUGUCAAGAUGCCAACAUCCAAAUUUACCCUCUUGCAUUUGGCAUUGUCGAUGGAGAGACUGAUCUAGCAAUGCGUUGGUUCUUCACGAAGCUGAGAGACGCAAUUGGGGACAUCGAGCACUUUGCAUUUGUGACUAACUGGGGGCAGUCAAUAAUAAAUGGUAUAGCCAAAGUUUUUCCGGAAGCACAUCAUGGUUAUUGCAUGUACCACAUUCAGGGCAACCUGAAGACUAGGUACCGGGGCAGUGACAUCGUUGCAUUGUUUAGGAGAGCUGCAAAAGCUUACAGCUUUGAAGAGUUUACGAAGUUCAUGGGAGAAAUAAAACAUAAAUUAGAAAGUGCAUGGGAAUAUCUAUCAAAUAUGGGGGUCGAACAUUGGGCAAGGUCACAUUUUUCAGGACGUCGAAUAAUGCGGGCAUUAUUCAAGAAGGAUCGAGAGUUACCAAUUUUCGCAACGAUUCAACAUAUUCGUAGCAAGUUGCAACAGUGAUUUUAUGACCGACGUGAGGAAUCCCAAAAUUGCACUAGUGUGCUAGCUCCGACACAGGAAGAUCGACUAUUCAAAACUCUGG